ACUACUUGGACUCUCCGAAACACCACUAAUUUUUAUCAUUUUCAGACACUGUUUGGCUUCGUAUACGCUGUCACACAGGAGUACAAUACAACCCAUGUGGGCCCCACACUUGAGGUUUAAUUUCCUUUGUUGACUAAAGGGUACUGGAAAAUCUGGGAUUCAAUAUGAAGCGUUCAAGUUCGAGAAAAUUCAAGAGGGUUUCGUGGGCUUCUGGAUCUAAUCUACGCCAGGUAAAAUUCUUCUUACCCGACGAUUGCCCUUCAAAAGUUGGCAGCAAACUCCAAGGAAAGAAGACAUUGUCAAAAUGGCCAUAUGAUGAUGAGCCACCACCAGGUUUUGAAGGCAAACAUUUACAAAAACAAUCGCCUUCAACUACCACUGAUGAAUAUGAUGAUAUACCACCUGGUUUUGAAGGCAAACAUUUGCAAAAUCAAUCGAAAGCUGUUUUUCCUCACAUUCCUCGUAUUAAAUGGGAAUGCCCUCCUUUGAUUGCUUUGAAUAAGGAUUUGCAUGUUGCUGCUGGGCAAGAUAGCAUGGAGAAACAUUAUCAAAAGCGAAGAGAAAAGAAAGUGCCUGAAACAGUUUUUCCUGGUUCUUCUGCCAUUCCCUCAUGGCCUAUCGUUUCUUCUGAUGUCGAGGAGGAAAGUUACGAUGAUCGCUUAACUCCUAAAGUCUCUCUCAUUCCCAUUGAGUUGCGGAAAGAAGAGUAUGAAGAAGAUUCUGAGCUUGAAUCUGAUGACUCAGUUGCAAGGCCUACAUCUCCACCACCACCUACACAUCAAGAUCUAAAGGGAAAAGCACCUGCAUCAGCUUCUGUGCCUUCUAAACAAGGUGUUACCAAAGAUGUGGACUAUUAUAGGAAUCUUGUUAGGAGUCGCAGUACUUCUCAGCGAGACAUGCUGGACUCACCAACAAGUACUAUUCAUCAACAUGUCAGAGAUUCGAAACGUCCACGUGACAAUAUCAGUAUGCCGAAGGAGGUAAUAAAAUCGAAAUCUAAGAUACAAUGCAAAUUCUUUAAUUCUUCAAAAGGUUGUCGUAAUGCUUCCAAGUGUCCUUAUAAGCAUGAUACGUCAGCUCCAAAGGAAAAAAUAUUGAGAUUGUAGAACCAGAAAUUAAGGAGAGGACAUUGAACGACAAAUUCUGAUGGUGAUCGAAGAUGAAGACUGUAACCCUUUACAAAGAGGGAGAGUGUGGAAAGAGACACAUCUUUCUUAUUUUAAUAUUAUGUAGGUUUAAUGACCAUGGUUUUUAUUCUUUUUUCUUUCUUUCGCUGCUAGAGAUUAAUAUCGGGAAACUGUAGAGUUUACCUUGAACCUUUCGUGGAUGAUUUGGUAGCUACCUCUCUUUG